AUGGAACACGAGCCCGGGGCCCCUGACGGAGCCGCCAGUGCCAACGCUAACGCCCAGGCUUACGUGAACAGCCUCGCCGCGGCGUUCAACGCGUCCUCCCUCGGCCCCAGGUCACUGGGGCCGGCGGCGGCCGCCGCAGCGCUGCUGUCGGUGUCCGCGCCGCUCGCAGCGCCGUCGCUCGCGCUGCCCACGGCCGCGCUCGCGCCACUGAGCGGCGAUGCGGACCAGCCCCCGACGCCCUCGGCUGCAACAGCUGCCGCGCAGCAGCAGCAGCAGACAGCCGCGGCGGUCACAGCCGCGCUGCAGCAGCAGGCGGCCGCCGUCGCAUCCGUCCAGCAGCAGCAGCAACAGCAGCAGCAGCAGCAGCAGCAGUGGACCAGCAGCCUCGCCGCCCUGCGGGCGCAGCCCGCCGCGCAGCUGCUCGCGGCUGCGGGGCUGCAGGCCGCGACAGCGCUGAUGCCAACCGGCGCGACUGCGGCGCAGCUGGCGAGCGGCAUGCCCGCGCUGCAGCAGGUGCCGGUGAUCAUCGCGUCCCAGGGCAUGCCGCCGUCGCCGCCGACCUCCUCGGCAAUGUCCGCGUCGCCGAUGGCGUCUGCUUCGAGCAACCUGGUCGGCGGCGCCGGCGCUGGCGCCGCGCCGCAGAGCCCUUCGACGCUUCUCGCGGCCUCCCACGCGGCCGCCGCCGCCGCGGCGGCGACCGCGCCUGCGGCGACCGCGCCGCCGGGGCUGUCGCCGUUCUUCGCGGCCGCCACGCCCGCGCAGGCGGCCGCACAGCAGGCGCAGGCACAGGCACAGGCGCAGGCACAGGCGCAGGCCGCCGCGGCAGCGGCCGCCGUGGCGGCCUCCACCGCGGGCGGGACGCUGCCCUAUGUGCCCAUCGCUAUGUCAGCGCUACAGGCCGCCAACCAGGCCCCUGCGACCAAGCACCCCCUUUUUGUGAUCCCACAGGUCAAGAUCCUGCUUAGCUCUGGCGGCACCUACGAGCACGCGACCGCCGGUGGCGGCGCCCUCGGCGGCGGCGGCGGCGCGUGGCGCUACACCGGCGGCGAGACGCGGCUGGUGGCCAUGACCAAGACGACGAGCUUCAGCCAGUUUUUGCAGCAGCUGGCCAAGGCCACCCAAGACGUGUGGGACGAGUCGUGCCGCCUGAUGUACGAGCUGCCCGGCAGCGGCGGCGCUGACAGCGUGGGGGCUGGCGGCGGCAGCCCCCCCAUGCUGGUUGACCUCGUUGAUGACGACGACCUUGCCAACAUGUGGGAGGAGGUUGAGAGCGCCACGUCGCAGCGGCCGACGUUCAAGGUCCGCGUGUACGCGCAGCUCGGCGGCAAGAACCGCAGCAGCGGCGGCGGCACCGGCUGCGUCGGGAGCGGCAGCGGCGGCAGCUACACCUGCAACAGCGCCGACAGCAACGUGGUGGCGCGCACGCCGCAGCAGGGCCGAGAGGCUGCCACGCCGUCCAAGGAGGACCGCAGCGGCCGCGGCAGCGGCGGCGCGUCCGAAUCGGCAGACGCCGUCGACGCAUCGCUCGCCCUCGCGCGCCGCGCCGCCGCCCACCAGGCGCGCCACGAGCUCCGCCACGAGCUCCGCCACGAGCUCCGCCACGGCGGCGUGUUCGAGUGUGGCGAGUGCGGCAAUAUGAGCGGCAGCUUCGCCAUCGGGAGCGGCAGCUACGCGAUCAGCAGCGGAAGCUUCGCGGUCGGGCGCCACGGGGGCGCGAUGGGGAACUUUGCGUGCCUGCAGGAGCAGCACUUUGAGGGUUUCGAUGAGGAUGAGGAGGAGGCGGCGCCGCAGAUCACGCGGUCUGGGCUGAUGAUGCGCGACCUGGAGGCGCGGCUCGAGAUCAUCCGGCCGGAAGACCUGCGGGUCGUGAAGCUCCUGGGCACAGGCGGUUUUGGGGAGGUGUACCUGGCGCGCUGGCACAGCACAGAGGUGGCCGUCAAGUGCCUCAACCCCCUGCUGCUCACGCCUGAUGGAGACAUGGGGUCCGUCUCGAGGGAGACUGUGGGUGAGCUGCUCAAAGAGGCGAACACCCUGGCCAACCUGAGGCACCCCAACAUUGUGUGGGUUUUCGGCCUGGUCCUGCCCGACGUGACCGACGCCGAGUCCUUUGCUGCCGGCGGCAGCGGCGCCCCCGGCACCGCCGGCCGCGGCGCCGCAGACGCCGUGAAUUUGGCCACGCUCGUCGCCAACCGAUUCGAGGCGCGGCCGGGCGCGGUGCGGCCGCCGGCGCUGGUGACGGAAUACCUGGGGGCGGGAAGUCUGAGGGCCGCGAUCUCGCGGCGGGCGGAGUUUUUGAAGAGCGACAGCGUGCGGAUCAAGAUUGCGCUGGACACCGCGAGGGUCCACUUUGACCUGAAGACAGCCAACCUGCUCGUGGGCUUCAGGGAGCGCUCCCCCUGCUGCAAGGUGGCGGAUUUCGGCCUGUCCAAGCAGAAGCAGGCCACCUAUGUGAGCGGCGUGACCAGCCUCCGCGGCACCCUGCCCUGGAUUGCCCCCGAGAUCAUCAAGACCCCCAAGGAAGUCGACGAGAAGGUGCGGGGAAGCUGGCUGAGAUCUGUUGGUCUGGGUGGGUGGGUGGGGCCCAUGUGA